AAUUCAUAAACGAAGCAAAGCAACUCAUCCCGAAAGAAACUCGCCACUGAAUAAUUGUUCACGAGAGCAAAGAUGCUGAAACAGUUAUUUUUGUUUUUUGUCGUUUCCUCAUUCUUCUCAACACCAGAGGCAAAGGUAGAGGAGAAGGAAGUGAUUACACUCACAGACGUCGACAACUCUGCUGUUCCCAAAAAGGAAUCCAAAGUAGAGCAAGAACUAAAAGAUGCCAAAUUGGAAGAAAUUGGUUUCUCAAAAAGCUACAGAUACUCCAAGGUGAAAGAAAAUGGCGUUGUGCGGCGUAAGAAAUUUAUCAGGUAUUCUAAAACGAUCUUGUGUGUGAACGAGAAAGCAGAACGAAGAGAAAUGGAGAAACGACUUCCAAAACACUACAUUUCCAGAAAAUUGAACAAAGAUCUCGACAAGGAAAUGAAGAAAAAACCAGUCGCCAACCCAAAACAAAAGUUUUGCGACUUGGGCAUCGAAAUUGAGCUUCGACCAAACGGACGAAAGAGAUUCUUCUUCUUCUGUAUUCAUGUUCACUUUCUGUGGUGAAAUUACUAUUCCUGGUUUCGUGUGCUAUGUUAGAAGAUGAUUGAACUAUAGGAAACCUUCUAUCCUUAUCAUAUAAUACUGGUAACAAUUUAAUUCUAGUAGGCAAUAACUCGAUUGUGUAACGUUUUUGUCUUUAAGAUCAAGAUCAUUAAUUAAAUAAAGCGUUAAGACUAAAACAAACCAUACUGUAUUAAAUACUAUACAAACAAAUAC